CCACUGGAGUGGGAUGGGAGGAAAGCAUUUCUCUCUUUUUUGGACAUUGAAGAUUGAGACUCAUUUGGAGCUGCUCCCUCACUUUCUUGUUCUCUCUCUGUCUCUCCCCCCCUCUCUGUGGCUAUUUAGGGGUCAAUGUUUGUGUCUGUUCACUUACGUAGCACUGGGGCCAGGGAAAGUUUAGAGGAAACAGGGACCUGCGGGGAGAAAAUCAGGACUUUAUCAAGAAUAAUAAGAACCAAAGCACAGACAAAAUACAUCUAAAUUAAGAAGAAGAGAACACAAGGGCUUCCUCUCCUUUUUCUGCUUGGAACCAUGUACAUCCAUACCUCAAGUGAGUGAGUGAAGUGGGGGGGGAGGGGGCACUUUUAUCACAACACCUCGGCACAGGUGCUACUACCUGGGCGUUAAGGUGUGGGGAGCACCAUGAGGAAAAUGCUGUUGGGUUGGGGGCUGAUGCUGACGGCUGGGGUAAUGGGGGCUAGCGUAGUGGGUGCUAGUGGAGGAGGAGGAGGUGGUAGAGGGCAGAGGCGCAGAGGAGAAAAGCGCAGGGGGCUCCAUCGUGUCCAGCACGGCCACUGCAGCUACACCUUCAUCCUACCAGAGAUGGAGCGCUGUCAGGCCAGCCCGGUCCAAUACGGCAGCACCAACAUGGUUCAAAGGGACAAACCACCCCCUGCAGAGAGUGACUGGUCUGCACAGAAAUUGCAGCACCUGGAGACGGCCAUGGAGAACAACACGCAGUGGCUGCAGAAGCUAGAAAAGUAUAUCCAGGAAAACAUCAAGAUGGAGAUGGUGCAUAUUCAAGACCAUCCAGUACACAACCAGACUGCUACCAUGCUGGAAAUCGGAACUAACCUGUUGACUCAGACUGCAGAACAGACCCACAAGUUAAACGUUGUCGAGGCUAAGGUUAUGAACCAGACAUCAAGAAUUGAGAUCAAGUUGUUGGAGAACUCAUUAUCUACAGACAAACUGGAGAAGGAAUUAUUGGUACAGACUUCUAAAAUCACUAAACUGCAAGACAAGAACAGUCAUUUGGAGAACAAGGUGCAGGUGUUGGAGUCACAGCAGCGGGACGAGCUGGAGGACAUGAGGGAGGAGAAGAAUAGGCUACAAGGACUGGUGAGGACCCAGACGACAGCCAUCGAGGCUCUAGAGAGGCAGCUGAGUGUGGCCAGCACCAACAACUCAGCCCUGCAAAGGCAGCAUCAGCAGCUCAUGGAGUCGGUCCACGCGCUCAUCAACAUGGUGUCUACCGGUACAGGGAUAUUGCUGAGAGACCAGAGGUUUUGUGAUUGUGCAGAAGCCUAUAAAGCAGGACACAACAUCAGUGGAGUCUACUACAUAUACAUCAGUAACAUGACAGAACCCACCCAGGUGUUUUGUGACAUGGAGACUAGUGGUGGAGGCUGGACUUUGUUCCAGCGCAGAGUCAACGGCAGUGUGGACUUCCAGAGAACAUGGAAGGAAUACAAAAUGGGUUUUGGGGACCCUGCGGGAGAGCACUGGCUUGGGAAUGAGCUGGCGUUUCAGAUGACCAGUCAGACCCAGUAUGCCCUGAGAGUGGAGCUGAGAGACUGGGAGGGGAACACACCCUACUCCCACUACGACAAGUUCCAACUGGCCAGUGAGAAACAACAAUACAGGCUGUUCCUGUGGGGCUACAGUGGAACAGCGGGAGAGCAGAGCAGCCUGGUAUCACAUGGCACCAGCUUCAGCACCCGCGACGCCGACAACGACAACUGCCUGUGCAAGUGUGCCCUCAUGCUGACUGGGGGUUGGUGGUUUGACGCUUGUGGCUUGUCCAACCUCAACGGCAUUUACUACACCGUGGGCCACAACAUCCGCAAGCUGAACGGCAUAAAGUGGCAUCACUUUCGGGGACCGAGUUAUUCACUUAGUUCGACAGCCAUGAUGAUCCGACCAUCCGACUUCUAAGACCGGACAGUCAUUUGGAGAGGGGAAGGGCUGUGAAUGGGAAAGGGGCAGUCAUUUGGAGAGGGGAAGGGCUGUGAAUGGGAAAGGGACAGUCAUUUAGAGAGAGGAAGGGCUGUGAAUGGGAAAGGGGCAGUCAUUUGGAGAGGGGAAGGGCUUUGAAUGGGAAAGGGGCAGUCAUUUGGAGAGGGGAAGGGCUGUGAAUGGGAAAGGGGCAGUCAUUUGGAGAGGGGAAGGGCUGUGAAUGGGAAAGGGGCAGUCAUUUGGAGAGGGGAAGGGCUGUGAAUGGGAAAGGGACAGUCAUUUGGAGAGGGGAAGGGCUGUGAAUGGGAAAGGGACAGUCAUUUGGAGAGGGGAAGGGCUUUGAAUGGGAAAGGGACAGUCAUUUAAAGAGGGGAAGGGCUGUGAAUGGGAAAGGGACAGUCAUUUGGAGAGGGGAAGGGCUGUGAAUGGGAAAGGGACAGUCAUUUAGAGAGGGGAAGGGCUGUGAAUGGGAAAGGGGCAGUCAUUUGGAGAGGGGAAGGUCUGUGAAUGGGAAAGGGACAGUCAUUUGGAGAGGGGAAGGGCUGUGAUUGGGAAAGGGACAGUCAUUUGGAGAGGGGAAGGGCUGUGAAUGGGAAAGGGACAUACAUUUGGAGAGGGGAAGGGCUGUGAAUGGGAAAGGGGCAGUCAUUUGGAGAGGGGAAGGGCUGUGAAUGGGAAAGGGACAGUCAUUUGGAGAUGGGAAGGGCUGUGAAUGGGAAAGGGACAGUCAUUUGGAGAGGGGAAGGGCUGUGAAUGGGAAAGGGACAGUCAUUUGGAGAGGGGAAGGGCUUUGAAUGGGAAAGGGACAUACAUUUCUUUGCCUCAUUGUCUCCAGGACAAAAGCAGGUGUAAAUUUAUGUUUUUAAUAGCAAACAAUCAAUCAGUCACUGGAUGACUGGGUGUCAUUUAGUACAAGCGAAAACGUUGGGAGUCAGCAGAAGAGACCAGACUGAUAGUCUUCGUCACUUGGCACCUUUAUGCAGUGUAGAUCUGGCCUCAGCUCUUUUUAAUAUAUACUAUAAGGUGCCAGAUUCUCAGUCCUCUGAUGUCUUGCUUUACCACACUGUGCUAGUGAUGUCAAAAAUACACAUUUACACAGCUCCCUCACACCCUCAGUGUUUAUUCCAGAACAUUCUGAAGCUGUCAUCAUCAAGACAACAUCAAAUGAAUAUAUAGGAAUGUCUCAUAUCCAUGAGCCAAGAGGACUAUUUUAAAUUAACCACAGAUAAAGACCCCAAGACAAAGAAAUGGAGGACAUUUUGGCCAGAAUGUGCCAGAAUAUUUUAUGAUUGACAAGAUGUGAUAUGGACAGGUCAUACUGUGAGGCCUGCUUAUGAAAUAUUUCAACGUUCCUACUUUUUUUUUGCAAAUUGUAUUUGCGUACUGUAAAUGUGAGCUAAACUUUGACAUAAUUGUUUUGCAUAACUGGAUUGUAUGUUUAAAUUUAGGGUUCAUUGCUCUGCCAUUUCGUGUGAAUCUGUUAAUAUUUCUCUAAGCUUGUUUUUUCUAUUAAGGAUAUCUCUACAUUCCUUUUUUAAUGUACUUUUCUCUAUAUGUGCAUUUUGACCUUUAAUUUAAGCAUGAGUAUAGAAUGCUAUUCACCCACUAUUAGUUUGGGGUGGAGAUUAAAUAAAUGAAGGUGUGGCGGAGGUGUGUCUACAGAUA